AGGUAGCCGUCCGCGACAGGUGAGACGACCGGCCAUUACUCAGCGAUACGGAUCUCGCUACACAACUUGAAUUGGAAGGUGUGGCAGUAAGGAUAGUGCACGUUGCACCAAACACGUGGGAUAUCAUAGGAAAUUGAAGUACGCGUACGGAUAUACUGUUGAGACUUACAUUCACCCUGAUGAGGCCGUGUAGCUGAGAGAGAGGUGUUACACUUCAAUAUGUCUCUUAAGGAAUCACAGCAGUUUGAGAAGGGCCGCAUCAAGGCCCUUCAGGAUGAGAGAGUGUAUAUUCAGAAGAAGACUUUCACAAAAUGGGCAAAUGCUUUCCUAGAGAAGGCGAGACUAGAGAUAAAGGACUUGUUCACAGACCUGGCUGAUGGCAAGAUAUUGAUGAAGCUGCUGGAGAUAAUCUCGGGCGAGAAUCUCGGUAAACCCAACAAGGGCUUGAUCAAGGUGCAGAAAGUAGAGAACCUGAACAAAUGUCUCAAGUUCCUGGCAACAAAGGUAUACUUUGAGAAUAUUGGUGCUGAAGAUAUCGUGGAUGGCAACCCGCGACUGAUCCUUGGUCUAAUCUGGACCAUCAUCCUCCGAUUCCAGAUCCAGGAGAUCACCAUACAAGUGGAUGAGGAGGAGGAGAAUAGUGAGAGGAGAUCAGCCAAGGAUGCCCUGUUGCUGUGGUGUCAGAGGAAGACUGAGGGCUACCCUGGAGUCAAGAUCACAAACUUCACCAACAGCUGGCGAAAUGGCCUGGGUUUCAAUGCCCUUAUACAUGCUCACAGGCCUGACUUGUUUGACUUCAACAAACUGGAAGCCGGGGACAACCUGGGUAACUUGAACCACGCCUUCAACGUCGCGGACAGCGAGCUGGGGAUCCGCAGGAUACUGGAUGCUGAAGAUGUUGACGUGAACAAGCCAGAUGAGAAAGUCAUCAUCACCUAUGUGGCUUCAUACUAUCACUACUUUGCCAAGAUGAAGAGCGAACUCACUGGAGGCAAGAGAAUCGCAAAGAUUGUGGGAAUGAUGUGUGACCUGGACAAAAUGGAGAAUGAAUAUGAAGGGUUGACGUCCAACCUGCUGGAGUGGAUCCACCGUAAGAUGAUGGAGCUCAAUAGCCGCAGUCUGCCCAACUCUCUGGAGGGCAUCCAGAAGGAACUUAUCAAGUUUAAGGAGUACAUGACAAUCGAGAAACCACCAAAAUACCGUGAGCGAGGGAACAUUGAGGUGCAGUAUUUCAACAUCCAAGCUCGCCUGAAGGCCAAUGGCCAGAAGAUGUACACCCCACCAGAGGGUCAAAUGAUCCACGACAUAGAGACAGCCUGGUUGCAGCUGGAGAAGGCAGAACACGGGAGAGAGGUCGCACUCAGAGAUGAACUUAUCAGACAAGAGAGACUGGAACAACUAGCAAGGCGAUUUGCCAGAAAGGCUGCUAUUCGUGAGUCAUGGUUAAAUGACAUGGAGCAGAUUCUGGAGGAACACAUUGAGGUUAGCAACGCUGCUCAGACUGAGGCUGCCGUCAAGAAACACGAAGCAAUCAGUGCCGAGAUCCUAGCUAGGAAAGACAGAUUCCGAGCUCUUAAUAGUCUUGCUAAGGAACUUGUUCAGGGAAAUUACCAUGCCAAAGAUGCUGUGAAAAACAGGGACUCCGAGAUCAUGCUGCGAUGGAAACGUCUCCUUGACCAACUGGAUGGCCGCAAGAGGACACUGUCCGGCUACAACAACAUGAUGUCCAUCUUCCGCGAGAUUGAGAGCAUACAGGAAGAACUCAAGGAAGUCGAGAAUAAGGUGAAGGUCUCUGACUACGGCAAGCACCUACAGGGCACGGAAGACUUUCUCCAGCAGCACAGUCUACAUGAAGCACAGCUCCAGGCCCUUGCUAAGAGAGCCCGCAAGUUGAACCGACGGUCAACACAGUUUGCAGAUGAGGGCAGCAGAGAGGCUGCUCAUUUAGAUAAGCGAUUAGGCAAACUCAAUCAGGAACUAGACAGAGUGCAGAACGUGAGUGAUGUCCGCCGGAAGGGUCUGGAGGUGGCAAAGGCCUACUACCAGUUCCUCCAGGACUCAGAGGAGGAGGAGAGAUGGGUGGCAGAGCGCAUCGAGGAAGCCAAAUCUACCAACACAGGCAAGGACCUCACUUCAGGACUCAAGCUGCUUAAGAAACAUGAGGGCAUGGAAGCAGAAAUGCAAGGAAGAUGGCGGCGUUGUGAGCAGAUUUGUGCUGUGGGGCAGGACCUAGUGAAUGGAGGCCACAAAGCCCGGUCGGAGAUCGGGUCUCGCAUCAAGAGCCUCAUGGACAAGUGGAAGCAGCUACAAGAACUGGCCCGCAUCCGACGUACAAGGCUUGAGGAUGCCAUCGAGGCACAGCAGUAUUACGCCGAUGCUGAUGAGGCGGAGUCAUGGAUGAGGGAGAAGAUGCCGAUUGUUUGUAGUGAUGACCAUGGCAAGGAUGAAGCCAGUGCACAGGCUCUGCUGUCUCGUCAUAAUCGUCUGGAGAAAGAUAUCAAGGCAUUCAAUGGAGAGAUUCAGCGUCUUGAAGAUCUUGCUAUCCUCAUGACCAAAGCUGCCAGUGAGCAUAAUAUCUCCCCAGAGAAGUUCCGACCAGCCGAGAACGGAGAGCAUGAGCCCGAGGAAGAGGAGGAGGAAGAAGUUGUGGAGGUGCCCCGAGAGAUUGAGGUGGAGGAAGUGAGACAGAAGGAAGUUCUGCAGGACGUUGUGGAGACUCGGAAAAUUCCUCAGGUCAAGGCCAUGUAUGGAUAUAAAGGGCAAGGCCUCAAAAUUGAUAAGGGAGAGAUUCUGAUCCUCCUACAGAGGACGAACAAUGACUGGUGGCAGGUGCGGAAGGCUGACAACACUGAGGGGUUUGUUCCAGCCAACUACGUGAAGGAAGUGGACCCCAAGGUGGUACAGAAGGUGGUCAAGCACCCUGUGCAAGUGCCAGAACGCAUCAAAGUCAAGAAGACAGUCAUGCAGAAGGAAGUUGUCAGAAAGAAGUCAGACAAGGCAGCAAAACUGCGACGAGCUCCUUCAGUGAGAUCAAAGGCCAAUCUCCACUUUGACAAGGAUAACGUAGAGACAAGACAAAGGAGCAUCAAUGUCCUCUACUCCAAACUCACCAAACUGGCACAGGCUCGCAGGAUCAGCCUUGAGGAUGCCAUCAAGCUGUUCACCUUCUAUCGGGAGUGUGACGAGUUCCAGGCCUGGAUGAAGGAGAAGGAAGGAGUAUUGAAGUCCAGGGAGAGCCUGGCUGACAACAUGGAUGCUGUCAGGAAGAAGUUUGAGAACUUGCUGACAAGUCUGGCCGCCAACAAGGGCCGUCUGGACAACAUCAAUGUCCUGGCAGGAGACAUUAUCAAGUCUGGCAGCAGUCAGUCCGAUCAAGUCAAACGUCGCCAGAAGGAGAUAAAUGACAGUUGGGCUCACCUUAACAAGCUGAAGCUGGACAAGGAACGCUCACUGGAGGGGGCCUCAAGCAUUGAACUGUUCAAGUCAACAUGUGAUGAGCUGUCCGAGUGGAUCAAAGACAAGAACAAUGCUCUGAUGACAGACGACGUUGGCAAGGAUCUCAAGGGAAUCGGGGCGCUUCAGCGGCGACAUGCUAACGUGGAGAGAGAGCUUGUUCCAAUGGAGGAGAAGAUGAAGAGGAUGAACUACCUGGGAGACUCUGUGAAGUCCUCCUACCCUGACGAGAGUGGCUAUGUGGACCAGCGCCAGAGAGAGCUGGAGAAACUCUGGAAGGGGCUCAAGAACAAGGCAGACAAGAGGAAGGGCCAGCUCAGCGAGGCUCAGAACCAGCAGAAGUUUGGGGAGGAUGCCAAAGAUAUUCUGUCCUGGGCUGGAUCGAUGCGAGCCCGCCUUGCCAGUGCCGAAAUGCCCCAUGAUAUCCAGAGUGCUGAGCGCAUGCUGAAGGAACACGAAGAUAUUGGUGAUGACAUCAAGGCCCACAAAGACAAGUUUGCCAAGUUGAGGGCUUUGGGCGCUGAAGUCCUCGCCAAGGACCCCAAUGCCCAGGACGUGAAGGAUCGGUUAAAGCGUCUGGAUGAUGAGGAGCGGGCAAUUGAUGAGCUGUACCGACAACGCCAGAAACAGCUUCAGGAUGCCUACAAUCUUCAGGUGUUCAACAAGGAGGCGGACACCAUCGAUGCCACCACCAGCGGUCAUGAGGCCUUCCUUGAUUAUAAUGACAAAGGGAGCACCAUUGCUGAUGUGGAAUCCCUGCUGCGGAGACAUGAUGACUUUGAAGGCAAAGUCCAAGCUCAAGAUGAGAAAGUGAAGGGCCUGAAGGACCUUGCUGAUAACCUCAUCCAGGACCAACACCCGGACCGAGACCACAUCAACAAGCGAUGUAACCAGGUGCUCCAGCGAAGAAACAAGGUCAAGGGCAAAGCUGCUGAUCGUCGCAAGGCUUUGUUGGAGGCCCAAAAGUUCCAAGAGUUCAAACGUGAUGGAAAGGAGCUGUCUGACUGGAUGAAGGAGAAGUAUAAGACAGCCACAGAUGACUCCUACAAAGAUCUGUCCAAUCUCAUGGCAAAGCUGCAGAAGCACCAGGCGUUUGAGGCCGAGUUGAAGUCCAACAAUGACAGACUUCAAGCUUUAAAUCAGGACGGAAAGAAGAUGGUUGGCGAUGGUCACUCUGCUGCUCCAGAGAUCAAGGAAAUCUCGGAGAAGCUGAACCGGGAGUGGGCAGACUUGAAUGAGAAAGCAGCAGACAAGGGGAGGAAACUCCGUGAAGCAACUCAGCAGCAGACACUCAACAGAGCUCUGGAGGAUGCACAGGCUAAGCUUGAUGAAAUGGAAAAGUCUGUUGCUAACCCUGAUGUUGGCUCGGAUUUGAGAGGCGUCAAGAAUCUGCUCAUGAAACAUCAGAACCUUGAGACGGACUUGUCAACUCUUUCCGACACAAUCCAAACAAUUGUCGCUCAGGGCAAGGAAAUGGCUGACAAAGGUCACUAUAACUCAGCUGACAUUAUCCGAGCUGUCGACGCCUUCAACAAAAGGUUCAAGAAGCUGGAGCCAGUAGUGGCAGCUCGCAAGCAGAAGCUGCAGGAGUCGCUACAGCUGCAUCAGUUUGUGUUUGACGUGGACAAUGAGCUGCAGUGGAUCAAGGAGCACCUGCCCGCGGCGGCAUCACAGGACAUGGGCAAGAACCUCAUCGAUGCCCAGAAACUCCACAAGAAACACCAGGAUCUGGACCGUGAGAUUCUGGGGCACCAGCCCAACAUCGACAAAGUAAUGAGCACCGGAGACAAACUGAUCAAUGAUAAGCACUUCGCCUCAAAGCCCAUCAAAGACAAGAGUCAGGAACUACAGGUGUCCUGGGACGACCUCCUCAAGAAGUCCAAGAACAAGAAAAAGAACCUUGAUAUCUCACUGCAAACCCAAAAGUAUCUGUCUGAGGUGGCGGAGGUCGAGGCCUGGAUCAACGAGAGGAUGCACCUCGCCUCCAACACUGACUACGGCAGGGAUGAGAAUGCAGCAGACAAGAUGCUGGCCAAAAAUAAGGUUUUAGAAACUGACAUUCAGACAUACUCAGGAAUUGUUACCAGCCUUGGCAAGGAGUCCUCUCGGCUUUUCAAGCUGGGAUCAGCAGAUCCAUCUCUACUGAAGAAGACUCAGGACAACCUGCAGGACAACCUCAACAAGCUGCGUCGACUGGCAGCAGAGAGGACGCGCAACCUGGAGCACUCCAAGAGUCUCCACGCCUACAUGCGAGAGAGUGAGGAGUUCGAGGAAUGGAUCGGCGAGCAGAUGCAGACCGCAUCUUCCGAGGAAUAUGGCCAAGAUUAUGAACACCUUCAGAUCUUGAAAAGUAAGUUUGAUGAGUUUAAGCGUAAGGUGGAGGCUGGUUCGGAGAGAUUCAACCGGUGUGAGCGCCUUGCCAAGUGGCUGUUGGACGACAAGGGACCUCACAUGGUGCAGGUGCAACAGAGGCAGGAGCACCUGCGUGACGCCUGGAACACCCUGCUGGAGCAGAUUGAGUCCCGCGACUCCAAGCUACAGGGGGCAGAGGACAUCCAUCGAUUCAACCGAGACGUGGAGGAGGCCUUGUCCAGGAUACAGGAAAAGGAGUCCAGCAUCCCGGAUGAUCUUGGCCGUGACUACUACACCACCCAGAAGUACCUCAAGAAACAUGAGGCUUUCGAGAAUGAACUGGUUGCCCUUGAAGCUCAGCUCCAGAUUCUGAUCGAUGACUCUGGGCGCCUGCAGGAGGCGUACCCCGGGGAGAAUGCCGACCAGAUUGAGGACCUGCAGGCUGCGGUCGUGGACCACUGGGGUCACCUGCAGGAGAGAGCCGAGGUCCGCAAAGGGCAGCUACUAGCGGCCGCAGAUCUGCACAAGUUCAACGCUUCGGUGCGAGACCUGCUCGGCUGGGCCAAGGUGACAGAGAGAGAGAUGCUGGCGGAGAAGACUGUGCGAGACGCACAAGCCGCCGAUCUGCUUCGUACACGACAAGACGAGAUCCGUGCCGAGAUAGAUGCCAGAGGAAGCACAUUUGAAGCAGUCAUUGGCACAGGACUGGCCAUGAUAGAGAAUGGACACUAUGCAAGUGAUGAGAUUUCGGAGAAGGUGGAAGAGGUGCAGCAGAUGCAGGAGCGGCUGGUAUCCACCUGGAACAAGCGGAAGGAGUACUACGACCAGCUGUACGACGUCCAGAUCUUCCUUCGCGAUGCCGAGCAACUCAAUGUUCUCAGCUCAUCCCAGGAGGUGUACCUGGCCAGCCCCGAUAUCGCCGAGUCUGUGGAGCAGGUAGAGGGACUCCUGAGGAAACACGAGGCGUUUGAGAAGGUGCUUGAGACCCAGGAGGAGAAGCUCUCGGCAGUCACAGCACACGGACAGCAGCUGGUGGCUGACAAUCACUUUGAGGCUCAGACUGUACAGAAAACAAUGGCUGCCGUCAGUCAGAGACGAGGUCAUAUCAAAGAUUUGAGUUCCCAGAGAAAGCACAGAAUCUCAGACAACAUGCUGUAUGCCAACUUCAACAGGGAUGUUGCGGAGGCUGAAGGCUGGAUUGACGACAAACUGAAGGUGGCCUAUGAGGACGACUUCCAGGACGUCACUGACCUGUACGACAAGAUGAAGAAACUACAGAAACACCAGGCUUUCGAGGCUGAAAUUGUGGCCAACACCGACAGGAUCAGUAAGAUCAAGGAGCAAGGAGAGCUCCUUGUGCAGAAGCGGCACCAGGCAUCAGGAGAUAUCCGGCAGUGUCUGCAGACACUCUCCUCCAAGUGGAAUGAGCUGCUUCAGGCUUCCACCAACAGGGGCCGUGGUCUUGGCGAGGCCAAGGACAUCCUGGAGUUUAAUGAGCAGGUUGAUAAAGUGGAAAUGUGGAUCAGAGAAAAGGAAACGCUGGUGAGUGCGGGCAACAUGGGGCGUGACUACGAGCACUGCCUGGAGCUACAGAAGAAGGUCAACAACCAGGAGUCAGCUGGCAUUACUGUAGACGAGAAGCGUAUCAAGGCCAUCAAUGACCUGGCAGACCGACUGGUGUCCCAGGGACGCACAGACACCAAGGCAGUCAAACACAGGAGGGAUAAUAUGAACAAGAAAUGGAAGGACCUUCAAGGAGACCUCAACAGCUACAAGGUGAAACUGGCAGCUGCCCUGGAGAUGCAUGCCUUCAACCGCGACGUCGACGACAUCAAUGAACGUAUCAACGAGAAGGCUUCCCUCCUGUCAGUGGAGGAUGUAGGAAAGGAUCUGGCCGGCGUGCAGGCGCUACAGAGGAAGCAAGAGGACAUUGAGCGAGACAUGACCGCGCUGCAGAACCAGCUGGAGAAAAUUGAAACCCAGGCUGUGAAGUUGCGUAAGAAGCACCCGGACAUGGUGAAGUCCAUUGAGGAGAAGAAGCAGGAGGCAGAGGACAACUGGGAGAGACUGGAGGAACUGUCGGACACCAGAAAAUCAAAACUUGCAGAAUCCUACAGACUACAGAAAUUCCUGGCUGAUGCCCGUGAACUUAUCCAGUGGUCCAAUGAAAUGAUGGCAAGGAUGAACUCCGGAGACCUCGCUAAAGACGUGACCGAGGCUGAGAACCUGCUCCAGAUGCACCAUGAAAGGAAGGCUGAGAUCGACGGCCGCAAGGCUCACUUCACGUCUAUCCGUGAGAGUGGGAUGAACCUGGUGAAUAACCAGCACUAUGCCUCGGAGGAGAUCCAGAAGACCGUGAAGGAGUUGGAGAAGACCAAGCUGGCCCUGAGUGGGUCGUGGGACAAGCGGAACCAUCUCCUCACCCAGUGCCACGACCUCCAGGUCUUCAAGGAAACAGCCGAGCAGGCCGACACAUGGCUCGGCACCAAGGAGGCUUUUCUUGCAAAUGAAGAUCUUGGACACACUCUGUACAGCGUAGAAAGUCUGCUGAAGAAACAUGACGGCUUUGAGAAGACCGUGAAGGCCCAGGAGGACCGCAUUGAGGACCUGAACCAGUUCGCAGCCGACCUGUGUGCCCAGCAGCACUAUGCCAAGGACGAGAUCAAGUCCCGCUGUCAGACUGUCCUCCGACGCAGGGACACCAUGUGGGAGCUGGCUGCAGCCAGACGCAGAAAACUGGAAGACUCGCGCCACUACCAGCUCUUCCUCAGGAAUCUCUAUGAGGUUUCUGGCUGGAUCAACGAGAAGCUGCAGGUUGCCCUGGACGAGUCAUACCGUGACCCGGUCAACCUUCAGAACAAGCUUCAAAAACACACAGCAUUCGAAGCUGAACUCACAUCUAACAGAAACAGAGUCGAUGCUGUUCUGCAUGAGGGCCAGGGACUGAUAGAUGACUCGCACUACGCCACACCAGACAUCAGAAAGAGGUUGGAGGAACUGGAACUCAGCUGGCAAGCACUCAUUGCUGCCAGCACAGAGAAGAAGGACCGCUUGCAGGACGCCUACCGGGCUAUGCUGUUCAACCGUGUGGCGGACGACCUCAACACGUGGAUGGACGAGGUGGAGAACCAGCUGGAGUCUGAAGACCAUGGCAAGGACCUCACAUCUGUCAACGCACUGCUCAAGAAACACCAGCAACUGGAGCAGGACAUCUUGACGCACCAGGAGAAAGUGCAGGACGUGCUGGACGCUGCCCAGGUGUUCAAGGAGUCACGACAUUUCCUCAACAAGGAGCUGCAAGCAAGGGCACGUGAAGUCUCUGAGAGGUACAACUCAUUAUCAGAGCCAUGCCACAUCCGACGAGACAAUCUGGAAGAGGCACUAAGAAUGUACCAGUUCUUCCGGGACGUGGAGGAUGAGUUGUCAUGGAUACAAGAGAAACGACCAACAGCAGAGUCUACUGAUCUGGGGCAUUCCUUGUCGGAAGUUCAGAAUCUCAUGAAGAAACAUCAGACCUUGGAGUCCGAGAUAGUGGCUCAUGAACCUCUCAUCGAGUCUGUGGCCAACGCAGCCCAGUUGAUGGUUCGCAGCCGGCACUUUGCCUCCCAGGAUAUCCAGUCUCGUCUCGACGACUUGCAUGGCCAGCUGCAGCGGCUCAAGAAGACUACUACAACCAGGAAACUCAAGUUGCAGGAAGCACUGGAGGCACAGAAGUUUUACACUGAAGUUGCUGAAGCUGAGGCGUGGAUGAAUGAGAAGCUGCCACAGUUGACCAGUUCUGAUCUAGGCCGCGACGGAGACCAAGUUCAGGCAUUGAUGAAGAAACUAGAUGCCUUGGAGAGAGACAUUGACAACUUCAGCAACAGUAUUGGAGAGUUGUCUGCCCUUAGUCGCACAAUCACAGAGAAGGAACACUAUGAUAGUGCCAACAUAAAGAAGAAACAAUCGGAUAUCGAACAGCAGCAUAGCCGCCUCCAGGACCUUGUCAAUCAGAGACGGGCCAAGCUCAUCGACAGCAAGAAGCUGUUUGAGUUCUACCACGAGGCCAACGAGGUGUCCAGCUGGAUCUCAGACAAGUGUGUGGUUGCAGCGUCUGAGGACUAUGGCCAGGACCUUGAACAUAUCGAGGUAUUGCAACAACGGUUUGAGGACUUUGUACAUGAACUGACAUCAAAUGAGGAACGGAUCAACUCAGUAAUAGCAAUGGCACAGAACAUGAUAUCAAGCAAUCAUUUCGAGUCGGACAAGAUCAAGGCACGGGUGGAGGAAAUCCGGCAAAUCUGGUCCGAUCUGAAAGACCUUGCUGACGCCCGGAGGGAGGCCCUUAGUGGAGCGAAGGAGGUGCACAUGUACGGUCGCGAUGCUGACGACACGCUGGAGUGGAUACAGGAGAAGGACACCGUGGUCAGCAGUGACGACUACGGCCAUGACCUUGAGAGUGUCCAGGCUCUUCUAAGUCGCCAUGAUGGUCUGGAGAGAGACUUGGCCGCCAUUAGUGAGCAAGUGGAGACGAUUACGAAGGAGGCCGAGAACCUUCUUGCGCAUUACCCUGAUGCACAGGAGCAUGUUGCUGCCAAGCAUGAGGAGAUGGUUCAGGCCUGGAACUACCUGGUGGAGAAGUCGACCCUGAGGAAGGAGAAGCUGCAGCAGGCUCAACAGCUGCAGAUGUACUUCAACGACUACAGGGAACUCACGGCCUGGAUCAGCGAGAUGAUGGCCAUCCUCACUGCGGACGAGCUGGCACGGGACCUGCCAUCCGCUGAGGCCAUGGUGGCCCGCUACAAGGAGCACAAGGCCGAGGUGGACAGUCAGGAGGAAGCCUUCGUCAAGUUCGAGCAGACGGGCAAACAUCUCAUUGGAAAAGGACACUUCUUGUCUGAUGAGAUCCAAGAGAAGAUCAAUCAGUUGAAAGAAUCUCAUGACGGUUUGAUGCGUACCCUUGAACACAGGCAGCUGUUGCAUGAGCAAAACCUGGAAGCUCAGCGUCUUCGCCACGAGAUGGAGCAGCUGGACGCCUGGAUGAACCUGCGGGAACCACUGCUGCGGGAGAAGAACUAUGGUAGCUCCAUACCAGCAGUGGAGGAGCUCCUGAGACGCCAUGCAGACUUCGAGAAGACUGUCGACGCCCAGGAGGAGAAGUUCAUGGCUCUGAUGCGUGGCACUGAGAUUGAGAAAGCAUUUGCCAAACAGAGGCUGAUGGAACAGCAGCUGAUGGUGGCUGAUGAGGCUCGCAGAGAGAAGGACAGGCUCGAUGAACUCCGCCGGAAAGAGCAGGACAGGAUACUUGAGACACAGAGAGCUGAGCGACGACGGGAAGAAGAACAGAGACGUAAUCGGGAAGUGUUGCUGCGUCGCCAGCGCGAAGAUGAAGAUGAAGACGAUGAUGGAAAGGACGAAAAGCUGGAUAGAUCAACUGUAAAGAAUCUCAUUGGUCGGUCUCAGAGCAUCAAAAAUGUGACAAAACCAGACAAUGUUAAAAGAAAUGAUGUGCGUCGUGCUAUCAGCUUCAAACAGAGAGGUGAUCAACCCCUGUCUCCAGUGUCUCUACAGAAGGCAAUGGAGUUUAAGCAGGGAGAGACACCCAAGUUCUCAACAUCCAUUGAUUCAGAUCAUGGCAGCGACAACUUGGAACAGAAACUGAAUGAUGCAUUGAACCGUGUCUGCCAGGAUGAAGCAGAUGGUGGUGACGAGGUGAGUGCACCGAGUCUGCCCAUGGCUCCUCCCCCUGAGGCCAUGCGGCGUAACUCGGAGCAUCACUCGGAAGAGGCGGAAGGAGAGGCUCCGUCCUCACCCACAUUCACCAAGAAGGAGGCCCUCACGAUGUCCCCUCCUCUCAGUCCCAAGCAGAAGAGGCCUGAGCAGGUGAAGGAUGAGAGGAAGUCAAAGAGAACUCCUAGUUUCAACAUCCGGCGGCGGACACGAAGCUUUAAGGAUAAGUACAAGCUCCCAGCUGACCUGCCCCCGGCAGAGCUGGAAGGCUACUUGGACCGAAAGCAGGAGCUGCAGAGUGGAGGGAAAAAGGCAACAAUUAGGUCAUGGAAAAACUUUUACACGGUGCUAUUUGGACAGCUGUUGUGUUUCUUCAAGGAUAAGGAAGCCUAUAGUGAGAGCCAGGCAGCAGCUCCUCCCCUGAACAUCCACAAGGCAGAGUGUGAGGUUGCCGCCGACUACACCAAGAAGAAGAACGUGUUGCGUCUGCACCUCCAUGACGGCUCCGAGUUCCUGCUUGAGACGACCAGCACGGAGGAGAUGACCUCAUGGUUGGGCAAGAUCUCACAUUAUGCAGGCCUGCCCCCUAAGGAGCCCCCAAUGUUUGACUCUCUGGAAAUUACACAUAUAAGUGCUACAGAAAUGGAUGAGAAUAGUGAACAAGCCCUGGAGCCAUCCGAUCAGUUCACCCCCUACACAGGGUCAGAGAGUCCGCAUCGAGAGCAAAGUCCGCCCCCCAAACAAAGCCGUGUCGACGAUAAUGGCAGUGGUGACCACAAGCGAAUGUCGGCAGUCAUCGAAGCUCCCUCUGGUUCUGAACUAGGAGAAGAGUUCAUGACACAUGUUCGGACCGGGAGUGGAGCCAGCAACAGAUCAGAUGAAGACCGAUCUUAUGUUGCUGGUGGAGUGUAUGCCCCGAUGGGAUCAAAUGGCAAUCAUGACGGACAUGACCAUGAUGAGGAUGAAGUCCAUUACCGAACAAAACACCCGGGAGCUGCAAGUGGACGUCCGAUGUCUGAGCCAGCUGGUCACCUUGACGACAGUCACUCAGAGAAGGAGAAGAGGAAGAGUCACGGUGUGUUCGGCUUCCUGAAGAAGAAGAAAGACAAGGACCACAAAGAACAUAAAGACCUGAAGAAAGACCGGGUGUAAAUUCUUGGGGGAAAAGGAAACCUCAAGUUCUCUAUAAUGGUAUCCCACACUCAACAGUGUACCCUCACCCUGUCAUACUUCCUAUAUUGGUGUGAUGGCAAUUCAGGUUCUGUCAUAAUUUGUAUUGGAAUACAAAGUAUCUGUUAUAUGCAUAGAAAUGUUACAGAUUCGUAAUGCAUGCUACACUGGCAAUACUACCAGGUUAAGGAAUGUAUUAGAACACUGAAAUGGAUUCAGAGUGAGGCAGUAACCCAAGAAGACCCAGUCUUUGUUAAUGCUAUGUACAAGUCCCACAGGAGAGGUCCAAAACAGGAGAGGCAUAAAUGUCCAAUUUGGAAAUGUCUCAGAAUUUGAAGAGUACUACAUUCAGUGCAUCUGCCGGGAACAAAUACAACACUAUUGUGUUUUUUAUAUAAUUGUAUGUAGGGGUUGUCACUUGCUGAGAGGAUUGAUUCUUGGGUGCAGAAUUGUGUUGAACCCUCGGAAGGCCACAGAAUGAGCCGAGUACAACCUUUAGAUGAGUAGACUAAUGUGUAUAUAUGUCAUGGAUACUCCAGAAGACUAGUUUGCUGUCUUCGAUUCUUGUCUCUGUAAGAUCUGGCCGCAGUCCAGUAGGAUGUAGGUUUCUAUGUUUACAUAUAGAUAUUUAUACAUAGUCUGUUAUAUAUUAUUUAAUGUGUAUCAGAGUUCUAAUUAUUUUAUACCAGCCAUGACGGUUUCUGUACAAGAACAUCACCAGACACCAGCAAACUGGUCCUGACUUCUUCUUCUGUGUUUAUACAUCUCAUUUUCCUGUCAGAGAAGCAUGCCAAAGCUGAAGUGAGAGAGAUUGAUUUUUGUCAAAUAUUUCACUCUAUUAGAACUCCAAUGAAUUCUUCUUUUCCUGUUUAGAAGAAGUGAUCAUCAUCUUUAAGUCAUUUUCAUGGAGGACUAGUUUGCUGGUCUUGUUUAUAUCAUGACAUAUUGGUUGUGAUUGUAGUCAUCGUGGAAUCGCUGUUGUUACCAUGGAAACAGUCUGUAUAUUAUGUGGUAUAUUGCUUCUUCCAAUAUCUAUUUCUUCCAGCUUUGUAUGUUGUCAAUGUUAAUGACUUAUUAGUAAAUAGUUAAGUUUGAUGCAUAGUGUUUUAAUGAAAUGUUGAUGAAAUAAUUAAAUUUUAUUGAAGUUGUGAGUAAUGUUUUUGAAUCAUUGAUCAUGUUGUUAACAAGUUACAUUUCAUAAACAGCCACUGUUUUACCAUUGUCAUUUAUCAUUUUGAUACAAUUACAUGUAUUAUGUUAUCAUAACUCAAUGAUGGAAACAUUCCUUUGGAUCAUAAAAAUGUUAAUUAUCUCAUUCCAUCUGUUGUGUGGCUGAAACAUUUUAAAAGCUUUUGUCAAAUUACAACCAUUCCAGAAAUACAGAAACCAUGUUGAACAAUGGGAUUUGAGUAUGUAGGCUACUAAUUGUUGUGUCCACGUAAUAGAGAAGCAUGUUGGCUCUAUCCUUCACAAAGUGCUAUUAGUAUUACAGCUGACAGUCCAGGAUGUGAAUGUCCAUUGAGCAUAAUAGAGCAAGGUUGUGCCAGCUAGAUACUACCUGUGAUAUUCCUGUCCCAGCACCCAGGACAAACAGUGCCUUCCCCAAUGGCUAGUGUGUAGACGUAUGAUCAACAUGCAAAUCUAUCUGCCUUUGCUCUCUACCUGUUCCUUAUAAGAAGUCAUUUUUGAUUAUUGUUUUAAAGAUUUAGCAAUCAGUGUGUUCAGAACUCACUUGCCGUCCAUUUUACGAGUCACGUUCUACAAAAAUGUAGCGAGCUUCCAUGAAGUAAGGAUUCCAAGUUUGGCAUUACUGCUAUACUGCCACUGAGCUAACUGAGUGUUCAAACCUGUUGCAAAUGAAAUAUCAGGGGACCAUUUAUUGUUUCAAAGAUAACUUAAAUAAUGAAUUCAUUUUUUUAAAUGAAUACUACAUUCCUAUUCUAUCAUUUCAAAGAUUGAGUUUUGAAUCUCUUUAAACUCCUGUUUCUGUUUAUAUUGUUAUUCAAAUUAAGACCACUGGUGCUAUUUCCAAUAGUAUGCAAUAACUUACGAAAUAAGAUUAUAUUUUACGAGGCGUGCCGGUCAUAUCCGUAUUGCAUGUAGUCCAUGUUCAUGAUAUACAGACCAUGCUUGUGAUUGUAGUAACUAAUUGCAAGUGCUAAUACACAGAAUAUGCCUGUAUAUCAACUGACUUGUUACUGGUAAUAAAACAUUUACAUAAUA